UGGGUAAGGAAACAGGUAGCUGAAAUGCAGGUUUAGUGCGUGAUAAGCCCUAAACUGAGGUGUCUAGAGGACAGAAAUACCCCGAUAUAUCUUACAAAAUAAGCAAGAUAACUCCUGGGGACAGACUCUAGUCAUAUAUUAUUGGUGAUUUAUCGUUAAUAGGACAAAAUGGGUUGUUGGUUUUCCAAAAAAUCUAAAAGAAAAUCACCCGAUAAAGAAGCUACGACGACGUUAGAAGAAAACACGACCACCGGCAACAACAUUUCCCUCAGCAGCAAUGCAACGGAGGAGCCACCGAAACAAUACAGCUGGGACAAACGUGAAAAGGUUGACCCUAAGGACUUUAUGCUAACGGGGCUGAAGGACGCCACGGUGGGCCGUCUGCCAGGCAAGCUGAACGGACAACAGUUUGUCAUCCAGGACUGUGACAACUGUAAGAUCUUCGUGUUGGAUCACUCCGCCACCAUCACCAUCGACGACUGCACUAACUGCUGCAUCGUUAUGGGUCCAGUGAAGGGCAGUGUGUUCUUCAGGGACUGUAAGGAUAUCAAGUGUGUGGUGGCCUGUCAGCAGUUCAGGACCAGGGACUGUCAGAAGAUGGAGGUGUUCCUGUGUUGUGCCACUCAGCCCAUCAUUGAGGCGUCCACGGGGAUGAAGUUCGGCUGCUUCCAGUACUACUACCCCGAGCUGGCCUUCCACUUCAAGGACGCAGGCCUCAGCAUCUUCAACAACAACUGGAGCAACGUCCAUGACUUCACGCCCGUCUCAGGGGAGACCAACUGGAGCCUGCUGCCUGAGGACACUGUGGUGUUGGACCAUGUUCCAGCCCCUGACCCGGAGUCAGAGUUUAAAUCAGUCCGGGUCUCAGCUGAGGCUUCCCGCAGCAUCGUACCCAUGACCAAAGGAGGCAGACGCAAAGAGAGUGACGAGUCCUGUCUGUUUGUGUUCUUCGCUGGGGAGUACACCACUGCUAACGCCCGGAAACUCAUUGACGAGGCCUCUGGGAAAGGGUUUGUGCUGAUCCAGACUAAGGAAGUGUCCAUGCGCCCCGAGGACGUCAGCAGAGUUUUCCAGAACAAUGCAGAGGGACUCCUAGAGUGGAUCACCAACGGCCCAGUGACAGCCCUGGAGUUGAAUGGGGAUGGGGUAGUGGAGGCCUGCAAGAGCAUGGCCAGCGACGUGUUCAGUGGGACCAAGGUGUUUGUUUCAGACAACAGAAGUACUUCCUCUCGAGAUGUGGACAACUUCUUCAACUUUGCUGACAUGCAGAUGGGCCUGUGAUAUACACUUUUGUAUGUUGACAUUUUUUAUUGGUAGUAUUAACACUGGAUAUACCGGUAGGUAGGAGAGAGGACAGGUUAUUCAAAAAAUGAUGGCAGGUAGGAGGGAGGACAGGUAAAUCAUUCAUAGUGAUGGCAGGUAGCAGAGAGGACAGGUUAAUCAACAUAAUGAUGGCAGGUAGGAGAGAGGACAGGUUAAUCAACAUAAUGAUGGCAGGUAGAAGAGAGGACAGGUUAAUCAAAAUAAUGAUGGUAGAAGAGAGGACAGG